CUUGUAAACACUAUUCGAAAGUCAACUUUUUGUUAUUUGUUCGUAUUCGUGAUUUAAUUUUCAACAAAUUAAGCUGUAUGUGUCCCAGUAGUUUAUUUUGUGAUUUUUUACAACAUGAAUAUAGAAAGUGCUGCAGUGAAUAUCCUCAAACGAGGAGUUGAAUUAGAUACUAAGAAACGGUACACAGAAGCACUAGUAUGUUAUCAAGAAGGGCUACAAAUACUAGUAGACAAAAUGAGAGGUGAGAAUGACGAUUCGUCCAAGGCCUACCUUAGAAAAAAAGUUGAAGAAUACAUGAACAGAGCAGAGACAAUAAAAAAGUUAGUCUUACAACAAAAGGAGGCUGGACAGUUUCAUGAACAGGUGCACAUAGAGAACAAUUCUACUGGCCACAGUUACAAAACUCUGUUUGGACGAUUUUUAGAUGACGAUGUGAACUAUGUUUCCAUUGAAGAUCCUUACAUAAGAACUUUUCAUCAGUGUCAGAAUUUUCUAAGGCUAUGUGAACUGUUAGUCCGAUCUUGUCCCAACCUCCAAUUGAUUGAAUUAAUCACAUCACAAGAUAACAAAACGGCAGGGGAUCAAAGAGAGUGGUUUACUAACUUAAGUAAUGACUUAUCUAAGUACAAAAUAAAGUUAAUAGUGAAAUUUUCAGAGACUUUACAUGACCGGCAGAUCACACUGAGUUCGGGCUGGAUAAUAAAAAUUGGCAGAGGGCUAGACUACUUCAAGGCACCGGAGAACAAGUUCUGUUUAGGUGUCUACGACUUAGACCUUCGAAUGUGCCACGAGACCACCGUAGACAUUGUACACUCUAAAAAUAUUAAACAAUCAUAUGGAUGAUUGUUAGUUAUUUUAGUAAUAAGUAUAUUUUAUUCUUUGAAUUUUUUUAUUGACAGAUGACAUUAAAUCAUUAUUAACUAUUGUUAUA